AUCGGUUAACAUGGUGGGAGCGAAGCAUGUGUCAACUUGAGCAAAUGGCAGCGGUCUAGCGAGACGGAGAAGAACCGGAGCCUUCCUGGAGGCGAAAGCGAGAAAGAACGAGGGGAGGAGUGCUCCGCCUCGGAAGGGGAAGGGAAGAGCGGAGAGAGGGGCUGGUUGAAGGUUGUGGAGCAGCAGAAGAGGCGGCGGCGGCGGCGUGGAACCACGUUUGUUGCAACGCUCGAGUUCCGAAGGGGAGCCGCUCGUCCAUUUUUCCUGAAGUCCACCAUAUUGUGGCUGGUGUCGGCGCUGGCUCGUCCUCUUUCCCCGGUUCCUGCUUUCACUUCGCUCCUUGCUGCCUCUCGCAAGCCCGGAAUUCCCCGCAGGACUUCAUUUUCUAAUUCCCUUCUCUCCGUGCCCCCGAUUAAGAAAUUCCGCUGGGACCCGCAACCUAAAAGAGAAAACACGUUUUCCCCCUGGAGUUUUUUUUUAAAAAUAACACACAGGGUUUGCGUGUGAGAGAGAGAGUGUAUUUUUAGGUCCUGACCGAAGUAAAUCGUGACUAUUUUAAAGCAAAUUAUUAGAGAAAGGCCAAAGGAAGAGCAGUGAUUUUUGGACACCGGCCUAGCCGUGCAGUGCAUGAUGACAACCGAGGUUGAAUCGCCCAUGCUUCAGAUCACAGAUCACGGCACUUCUGUUCAGCCAUCAGGUAGCGGCGGCGGCUCUGAAGAGGAGAUGAUGACCCGUGCUUGUUCCACGUUGUCCUCGGCUUCAGGAGGAGACGAGGACGCGGGCAACGAUCUAUUGGCGAGGUUGGAGCCACACUCCGGAGGCCGGGACCAGUCCGAACAGCAGAGCGGCCCUCUGGAGCUGGCGACCGACCCCGAGAAUAAGGAAAAUGAUCAAAGCCAGAGGGAGUCGGCGGAGAAAUUGCAGAAAAAAUUCACUGAGGCGCCUCCUCCUAAAAUCAAUCCAUGGACCAAGAGGAAAAAUAUGGUCACGACUAACGGCGUGAAUGUCAACAGCCAGGAAACAGAGCAACAGAGUUCAACCAAAGUGAUCAAGGCAAGCAAGCCCAAAGCAAAGAAAACUGGAAAGGCAAGCGAUUUCAGUGACAUCACAAACUGGCCUACUCCUGGAGAAAUUGCUAAUAAGGAGCACCAUAACAUCAUGAACCAGCCAAACAAAAAGCCACUGAAUAAAAAUAAGAAGAAAGAUAAAUCUGAAAAGAAAGACAGUGAAAGUAAAGAAAACAGAGAAAUGCAGAAAAAGGAUGAAGAAGAAAAGUCAACAAUUGAAGAUGAAUCCCAUGGAUCUUCACAAAAGGGGAAGAAAGCGAACAAGCAUAAAUGGGUUCCCCUUCACCUAGAUGAAGUGAAACAAGAUGGGCAAGAAAGGCCUAGCUCACGUAAUAGUUCACGCUCUCAGGUAGAUACAACACGUUCGAUGCAAAACAACAAAAGAAAUGAUUAUUCAAGAAGUUGGCGCCGAGAUGACAAGCGCGAUAGAGACAGAAGGGAUGAUGCUGAUGAAGUUGGCAGUGUUAGAAGUGAAGGUGGUGGUGUACGAGGCAGUUUCAGGGGUAGAGGCAGAGGUCGAGGUCGAGGAAGAGGACGUGGCAGGGGAAGCUCACGUGUGAAUUAUGACUAUCCAUAUGGGUACAAGCAAUCGUAUGAUACCUCUGACCAGUAUGUACCAGAAUACAACACUAACAUGAUGUACUAUUAUGACGAUGGAAGUGGAGCACAGAUGUACACAGUGGAUGAAACCUUACUGAAGGAGUACAUUAAACGACAGAUUGAGUACUACUUCAGUACAGAAAAUCUGGAAAGAGAUUUUUUCCUACGGAGAAAGAUGGAUGAACAAGGUUUCCUACCCAUUUCUCUGAUUGCUAGUUUCCACCGGGUGCAAGCUCUAACUACAGAUGUAAAUCUCAUUUUGGAGGCAUUAAAAGGAAGUACAGAGGUGCAAAUUGUGGACCAGAAAAUGAGGAAAAAAGAGAGUCCUGAGAAAUGGCCUAUUCCAGGCCCACCUGUUUCUGACAUUCCAAGAACUGACUUUUCCCGUUUAAUUAACUGCCCAGAAUUUGUACCUGGGCAGAUGUAUGGCUCUCAAACUGAAUCUGCUCCUAGUUCCCCAAGGGUAGGAACUCCUGUUGAUGCAAAUACAAAUGUUGAAGCCAACAACCUUCAGACAGUAUCUAAGGGGCUUUCUACAAGUUUGCCUGAUCUGGAGUCUGAUUCUUGGAUAGAAGUGAAAAAAAGACAUCGUUCAUCACAACUAAACUCAAAGGAACAUAACUCACCCAAACCUCAAGUGCUAAAACAGGAACAAGAGGAACAGGAGGAAUUGGAUUUCAUGUUUGAUGAAGAAAUGGAACAGAUAGAAGGACGCAAGAAUACUUUCACAGAUUGGUCGGAUGAUGACUCAGAUUAUGAAAUUGAUGAUCGUGAUGUGAACAAGAUCUUGAUUGUGACUCAGACACCUCCUCACAUGCGCAAACACCCAGGUGGUGACCGGACAGGGAAUCAUGUUUCCCGAGCAAAAAUUUCAACAGAGCUUGCAAAAGCUAUCAAUGAUGGUUUAUAUUACUAUGAACAAGACCUUUGGAUGGAAGAAAAUGGGCCAGAGUAUUCAACUAUAAAGCAAGAAAUUGAGAAUUUUAAGAAGUUGACUGUCAUUAGUAAAGAACAUUUCGAUACCCUAGCACCUGAACCACCAGUUGACACAAACCAGGAGGUGCCUCCUGCACCACCAAAGGCCCAAGAUUAUGCAGAAGAGUUAGCCAACAAGCUGUUUGGUGUUGCAGAGCCACCAUCAUCAAACCUAGCCCGUUCUUUACCUACAACUGUACCAGAAUCUCCAGCAUGUUCAGCCAGAACCCCAAAGACUCCACGUACACCUAGGCUACAAGAUCCCAGUAAGACACCACGAUUUUAUCCUGUCGUCAAAGAAGGAAGGCCUUUAGACAUUGAGGCACCAAGGAAAAGAAAAACGAGGCAUAGUUCAAAUCCACCACUUGAAUGUCACAUUGGCUGGGUUAUGGAUUCAAAAGAACACAGACCAAGAACACCAUCUGUUAGUAGUUCAAAUGCCAGUCCUUCAGAAGGCACACCAUUUGUUGGAAGUUAUGGCUGUACACCAAACUCUCUACCUAAGUUCCAGCAUCCUUCCCAUGAGCUUUUAAGAGAAAAUGGCUUCACUCAAGAAGUUUACCACAAAUAUCGUCGAAGAUGUUUGAACGAGAGGAAGAGAGUAGGAAUUGGACAGUCCCAGGAAAUGAACACCCUGUUCCGUUUCUGGUCCUUUUUUCUCAGAGAUCACUUCAACAGGAAAAUGUAUGAAGAAUUUAAACAGCUGUCCCUUGAGGAUGCAAAAGACAAUUACAGGUAUGGAUUGGAGUGUCUGUUUAGAUUUUACAGUUAUGGACUAGAAAGAAGAUUUCGACAUGACAUAUUCAAAGAUUUCCAAGAAGAAACUGUAAAAGACUAUGAAGCAGGCCAACUCUAUGGAUUGGAAAAAUUCUGGGCUUUUCUCAAAUAUACUCAAACAAAGAAUUUACCAAUUGAUCCCAAACUGCAACAAUACCUUAGUAAGUUCAAGCGACUUGAAGACUUCAGAGUUGAUCCCCCAUUUGGUGAUGAGGUUGGUCGAAAGAGACGUUCUUCUGGAGCUGACGACAGUGGUCGUAGAAGACAUCAACCAAAUGCCUCUUCUAGUAAACCAGUAAAUGCUGCUAAACCCUUACUCACCAAUAAGUCUCAGGUUUCAACAAACCCUUCAAAAUGGGAUGCAUCAUCUGGGAAAUCGGAGGACAAUAGGAGCCAGAAUACUGCUGCCAUGACUACCACUGAACCUGAAACACCUGAGAAAUAGACUUUCUGCAUUACAUCUCCCUGCUUAUACAAAUCGCAUCAGUAUUUUCAGCUCAAGGACCUUGUCCAGUUUUUUAGACUCAGCCUCAAUGAAAGAAAAAAAACUUGAAAAUAUUCAUAUUACUUUCAGUUUUGGGGUGGGAAAAACUAAGUCCAAGUUUUGAGCUUUCAGCCAGCUGUUUUGGAGAAGAGGAAUUUAGAAUCUAAUCAAUUUGUCACACCCCUCAUUUUGAUUUUCAAGAUUACCUUGAACUACUGUUUACAGAAACGCAUUCCUGCACAAUAUGCAAAAAUUACACAUUUGAAUUUGGAAUGCCUUACAUUUCAAUGAGGAUUCUCAUACUUCUUAAAGAAGAAAAAUUAUUUUUUAGUCCAUUACCAUAGUGCUUUUGCAGCCAGUUCCUCCUAUUGUUAUUAUUGAUUUUAUAUAUAUAUAUAUAUAUAAAUAUAUCUAUAUCAGAGUACAUAAAUUUAUUUCUGGGAAGUGUACAAUUGAAAUUGCUUGGGUAGGGAGAAUAAAAUCUGGAAAGAAAAUCUUCUACAUCCAAGAUGGUAUAACCAGGGUUGCGACAUAAUUCAAUGAAUUAUUCAGUAAUUAACAGUGUGAUGAAAAUGGUUGUGAGGCCUGUUUCCAUACUAUAGCGAAUCUAAUCUAAUCAUCCUGGAUGCAGUGUGUUUUAGGUUUAAAGCAGUUGGUUACACAGUUAUUGACAAAUUUAGUGGAGAUUGUUACAGAGUGACUUGGAUGGUUUGGGCUUGAAUGAAAGUAUAACUAAAGGAGAUUGUGCAGCUUUUUAAAAAUGGUCUUCUGAAUCACUAAUAUCUUGCACUGCUUAAAUUAUCUACUGCAUCUUUUUAUGCAGAUGAAGAUAAAAUAACAGAUUUUUCUCACUUCAGGAGGUACUGGGGUUUGGUUUUGUUUCAUUUAUUUUAUGCUUAUAGUGUGCUUUCAGUAAAGCACUACAAUUGAUUUGUAAUUUUUUUAAAUGCCAUUAUACUGUUGUAAAAUGUUAAUUUUUUUGUGGAAAAUUUACAAAAAACAAGUGCUCAUUUGCUGAAGUGGUUUUGCUCUUAGUAAUUAUUAAGACAGUGUCAUUUAUUUUAAAUUAUACUUAGCAGGAGGGGUGGGUUGCUGGUUUAUCUUGAAGGGUUUUAUUCACAUUUGUGAAAAUUACUGGAAAAUUCUUCAAAAUCAGACGCAUUUAUUGUAUUUAAAGAUCUAGCAUCCUAAUACAACCAGUGAAAACAAUCUAUUGGUCUUCCUAUCUGUUCAGACUUGAAUGUAAGAAAGUUUGGGCAGUAUACAUUUAUUUACUGCUGCUAAUCAGAGGGCUAGAAUGGACAGUAGCAGUGUGGAAUCCACAUAACUAUCAUUAUAAAUAAGCUGCAGCUGUACAUCAUUUACUUUGCUGAAAUAGCAUGCAUAUCUUACCUUAAUGUGUAAUCCAGGCUUAAACCCAGCUGAACGAUGCAACUGUAAAAUACUUGGAUGAAAGAUUGUAUAUACCAUUUAAAGUAAUCAGUUUAGAAUAUUUACCCUAAUUUUUUUCAUCUAAUGAAAUAAGUGUGCACAUCUAGCAUUAGCGUGUGUAAUUUGUGGCAAUCUUCUCAACUUUUAUAAAAAUGCAUAUAAAAACAUUCAAAAUCAAUCAAAAUUUAACUGGUUGCACUGUGAUUCUUUGGAAAUUCAUUUUGCAGAGGGGGUAUAACUUAACUGUUA